AUGGCAUCCUUGAAGUCUAGCAAAUGUACUCAAGUUAAACUUUUUGAACUCCAAAAUGAAAUGAUACUUCAGGUUGAUGUAUCUGGAUUUAAAAGUGGGCACAAUGCAAAAGUGAAACUUCAACUUCAAAACUGCUCACAUCCAUGGAUUCUCCACUGGGGUUGCAUUUCCAAUGGAAACAAAAAAUGGUUUAUUCCCUCUUUUAUUCCUUCUGGGACAAGAGUUCAUAAGAAAAGUGCUUUGCGAACCCCAUUUAUAAAGGAGGGAGAUGCAUAUGUUGUUAACAUUGAGCUAAGGGAUCCUAAGAUACACGCCAUUGAAUUUGUUCUAAAAGAUACCAAACACGAUAAAUGGUUGAAGAUGAAUGGAGUAAGCUUCCACAUCAAUUUACAUGAACAAAUCGAUGUUGAAGAUGAUGGUGCAAGAAGCUCUAAAUGCUUACUGAAUGAAAUGUCUGAUGAGGAGAUUGAAAAGCCAUUAAGACACAGAAACCUCUGCAACUCUGUUUUCUUUCCAAAACUAUCUACAUCUUCCUCCACUUGGAAAGGACUCUCUCAAAAGAACAACAUUGUCAGCAAUAUGUAUGCUAUUUCACUUGAAGAAGCCUGCAAUGAGAUGGUUGGUGAAAAGUCAAACAGCAUUAUAUUCUUGAGUAACAAGAUGCCAGCAUGGAUAAAAUUUCCAGCAUCAGUUGUCCUUCCUUUUGGAGUAUUUGAAAAAGUUCUAUCAGAAGACAUAAAUAAGGAAUUAGCAACAAAAAUUGCUUGCCUUUGUGAAGAUGUAGAUAGGGGAGACGUUUCAAAGCUUAAGAUGAUUCAAGAAACUAUUUUGCAAAUGAAAGCUCCUCGUAGAAUGAGCAUUGAGGUUAGGAAGAAAAUGAAGAGUUCAAGAAUACCAUGGCCUCAAGGUCCCACAGAGGAUACAUGGAAUCAAAUCUGGCAAGCAAUAAAGAAGGUUUGGGGUUCUAAAUGGAAUGAAAGAGCAUAUAAAAACAGGAAUCAUGAUACAUUAUGCAUUGGUAUUUUGAUUCAAGAACAUAUUAGAGCUGAUUAUGCCUUUGUCACAUACACAAAUCAUCCUGUGUCUCGUGACUCCUCACAGAUAUACACAGAGAUAGUCAAGGGGUCAGUUGAAACAUUAGUUGGUGCUUCAACAGGGCGUGCUAUGAGUUCUAUUACUAAGAAAUCUGAGCUUAAAUCACCUAUUGUUACUUGUUACCCAAGCAAGUCCAUUGGAUUAUAUGCAAAGAACAAGAGGUCAAUCAUCUUUAGGCCAGAUUUCAUAUCCGAAAAGACAAACAGAUAUGCAUGUCAUGGUAUAUAUGACAGUAUAUCAAUGGAAAACAAGGAGGAAGUUGUGUUGGUCUACUCGAGAGACCCAAUGGUGGUUGAUCUACAUUUUCAAGCCUCGAUUCACUCAAAGAUUGCGGAAGCUGCAAAGAUUAUAGAAGACUUAUACGAAUGUCCCCAAGAUAUUGAAGGAGUAGUGCAAGAUGGACAAGUGUAUGUGAUUCAAUGCAAGCCUUUAAGUCUUUAGAACUCAACUUGUGUAAAACAUGUCCCAAAAUAAAUAUAAACUUUACUUGUUUGGCUAUGUAGGCUUUGGAGUUGUUUGUCAUUUU